AGAAGGCAAAGCUUUGUUCGGUAACGGAUGAACGCUAUUUAUACGGGCCGAAAGUAAUCCAAAAAGUGAAUAUACAAAUUUAAUACAAACGAAGACGUUUGUAAAACCAAAUGUGUCCGGCUUUAAGUUUUUCAACGCAGCAACUAAAAAAAGAAAAAUGUUAAAAGAAGCUAUUUCAAUAAUGAUUCUAAGUGUGAUGUUCUACGGUAUUCGAUGUCAAGACUCGGAUGAGGGUUACUUCUCAUGCAAUAAUGGCGACGUAGUACGCGACUAUCAGGUAUGCGAUGGCAGUAAAGAUUGUAGCGAUGGUUCGGAUGAGUUUAUUGAAAAUAAUGUCAUAGAUAGUCCAUGUUUAAAUGCAGAGUGCACAGAUUCAGAUGCCAAAUGCCAUUAUGGUGCAUGCAUUCCGGCAUCAAAAUGGUGUAAUACAAUAAAAGAUUGUGCCGACGGUUCGGAUGAAUGGAAGCGGAAUUGCAAUAAUAACGGAAAUCCCAAUGACUUAUCUUGUGAAAGUGGUAAAUUUAUCGCAAAGGAAUUAUUUUGUGAUGGCAAAGCGGAUUGUGACGACGCCUCUGACGAAACUGAAGCGUAUUGCUCGUUGAAAAAAUGCAAACCCACACAAUCCCCUUGCAGAUAUGGCGGGUGCAUUGAUACAAAUAAAUUUUGUAACGGAGAAAUUGAUUGCACUGAUAGGUCGGAUGAGAAUGAAUUUUUCGCUAAAUGCCCGCACCUCAAUUCACCAUCAGAAGUCGAGUAUAAACAAUCCACCAGCCCUUGCAACAUUCUAGAUGAUCCAAAUCUCGAAAUAUAUAAUGAAAACGAACAAGUUUAUUCAAAACCCGGUUACUUUGACAGUGAAACUCGAAUCAUUUUAACAUGCAAAAAUAAUUACACAAUAACAGCCAAUACAUCGGAAGUGGUGCGCAUUUGUGGUCAACAGGGUUGGGAUGAUGUGAUACCGAAAUGUUUUAAAUUUUGUAAUGCAGAAUUACUACAUAGAAGUAAUUCAACGACUGUCAAUUGCCUUUAUGGGAAUAAGAAGGUAGAUUGUAAGGAUAUAAAACCUCGUACGGAAGUGAUAGUCAUGUGUGCCGAUAGUUACCAAAUGCCAGACAGCGUAAGUCUAUAUGGCGUCUAUUAUAUGGUGUGUACAGACGACUCUACAUGGGACAGGAAAAAGAUCAAUUGUGAGCCUAUUUGUGGGGAAAGUGAAAUUGAGCCUACAGCCUCCAAUGCUCCAUGGUUUGUUCGUAUCAUAGCUCAAUCGUACGAUGUAUGUGGAGGCACCAUAAUUUCACCAAAUCUUGUGACAACGGCAUACCAUUGCCUCCUUGAUGAAAGUAGUGAAGCUCUUGAAGCUAAGUCUAUUCAAGUAAUGGCCGCUAAAGAGUUUGCAAACAACAGCAUUCAUACAAUUACUAUAAAGGUGGAUCGAAUAUAUGCUAAUAGAUCAAGCGAUGUUGCCCUGCUUAAAUUAGCCAAACCAUUUACUUUGAGUAAAAACAUCAGACCAAUAUGUGUUCCGUGGGAUUUUGCUUAUAGUAGAGGUUUUGUGAAUAAGUGGCCAGUAAUAAGAGAAUAUGUUGGUGUUAUAAAAUUUAGCGAAACCAGAGUAAGCAUUGUCUCCCAAUGCAAUGCCACUUUGGCAGACGACCAAUUUUGUGUACGCCCAACCCUUAGGCGGGGGCAGCUUUGUCAAGGUGACAGUGGUACCGGAGUAAUUACUAAAUACAGGGGUAAACACUAUUUAGUUGGCGUUAUCAGUUUUAAGCCAAAUCUUUCUUUCACCUGCACAAGAGAAUCCGUGGUUGCCGUUAAUUUCACGAAGAUAAAAAAAAUGUUUGAAUGGGUGAUUGAUAGCGAAAAGGAAAAAAAAUUCUAUGUUAAAGUUGAAGUGAAAUUGAAAUUGGGGAAGUGGACAUUUGAGCUGAUAUACUGCUUAGAAUUUGCAAUGAUUGAACACUUUAAAUAUUUGCUAUGUGCGCUAUUGGCAAUUUUUCAUAUGUCUGCUGCGUUGGCAACAAAUAAUACUUGGACCUGCACUAAUAAGGAAAUCAUUCCUCAGAACAAGCUCUGCGAUGGCUAUGCCGAUUGCAGCAAUGGACGCGAUGAAUCUGUAAAGGCAUGUCUGUCCAAUGCUUGUAAGGAUGAUGAAUUCCGUUGCGCCUAUGGGGCGUGCAUACGAGCCGAAUUGAAAUGUAAUAAUCAAAUCGAUUGUUUCGACCGGUCUGAUGAAAUGGAACUUUUGUGUGCCUCCGAUAAUGAAAUAUGGGCAAAGCUACAAGGAAAUUGCACGUAUGAAGAAUUUGAAUGUACUUCGGAUGAAUGUAUUGAUGACUCGCUCAUAUGCGAUGGCAUGCCAGACUGCAGUGAUGGAUCUGAUGAGACGGUAAGCGUUUGUGCCAGUAUGAUAUGCUCCGACUUCUCUUUCCGCUGCGGCUACGGUGCAUGCAUAAGUGUCCAACAAGUUUGUGAUAAAAUUUGGGAUUGUGUGGAUGGAUCCGAUGAAUUAUGCUCAAUGAGUGUAGAUACGGAUACGCAGGAAGAACUACAAGAAGAAAAACGAACAUCCACGCCUACUGCUUGCACUAUACCCUACGAGAACUUGCAUUUACAAGUCAGGCAUCGUGGCACAAAGCAACUUUUGUUUUAUUUGGAUAAAAUAUUGCAAAAUGAGACUGUCGAGUUCGAGUGCUCGGCCGGUUUUGAAUUGGUUGGUGCGAACCAUUUGGUGUGUGUGGACAAUAAUUGGUACCGCCAGUGGCCCAAAUGCGUAGCGUUGCAUAGGUCCGAACAAUGUCUGCAUAAUCGCACAUCUUGUGAUAACGGUGAAUGUAUUGCUGCAGCAGCACUUUGCAACGGUGUUAAGGAUUGUACAGAUGGUUCAGAUGAGACAGCGACGAAAUGUUAUGGGCGCAAUUGCACCGCAAGUGAAUUUCAAUGUAAAUAUGGUGCUUGCAUUUCAAUAGUGGCAGUUUGCGAUGCAAACCAACACUGUGCGGACGGUUCGGAUGAGACGCUGCUGCUUUGUACCAAAGAUGAAAAUGAUUUCUAUAACAUAUUGCAAGGCGGGUGUGUAGAUGAUGAAGACGAAGUAUUCAUCGCGUGCCUUUCGGGUGAAUGCAUCCCACAGUCAUCUAUAUGCAAUGGCGUACCAGAUUGCAGUGAUCGCUCCGAUGAGACGGUACAAAUGUGCGCUCACGUCAAGUGUCUUAACACAGAGUUCGCUUGCGCUUAUGGCGCCUGUGUGCCCAGCAGCGCACAUUGUGAUGGGCAAGUGGACUGUGUCGAUGGUUCGGAUGAAAUGCGCGAAUUGUGUGAGUACGUUGAAGCCGAAAGGGCGAAACAUGAAGAGGAAAUCAAUUUCGAUGACAGUUAUGAAGCGAACAUUGAUAAAAUCGAAGCAACACAAGAAGACCGACUUAUUAAGGCAAUGAAAGACAAUGAGCAGAUAAUGAGUACAAAUGCUGCGAACAAGGGUAUCGCCGAAAGUCUGCCAUCACAACCAAUUCAUAUGGGUGUGGCAUACCGACGGUGUACAAUACCUGUUGAUCGUGUGGCCCUACGUGCCGUUCUUGCAGAGCAGAAUGCAACUCUGAAAGUUGGCAGCCAAGUUGAUAUCGGCAAAAUUGUCACUUUUAGUUGCGAGGAAACCUGGCAAUUGGUUGAGGGGGAAGCUGAACUUUUAUGCAUGCCGCUCGGUGAGUGGUCUUCAAUUGUACCGAAAUGCGAAAAACGGUGUCCGCCGCAAUGGAGUGGAAUUUCCACUACCACUACAUGCACAUAUAACGACAAAGCGACUGAUUGUGGAGUUCACAGCAAGCCAGGCACUAAGGCAGUUGUACAAUGCGGUCAAGGGUAUGAGGCAAUCAUGCAACGAGUGAACCUUCAUUGCGGUGUGGACGGAGAAUGGGAUGCUCCGAGAUUUAAGUGUCAGGCGAAAUGUACGUUACCAGCGUCCAACCUAUUUAACGAGAAAAAUGAGAUGUUGGUAAAUAUUUUUAAAUUAAGCGAAAAUGAGAAGGAAGCGUUGAAUCCAAUUUUCAAACUGGAAUGCAAAGGCACCAUAAUUUCGCCGAAACUUGUGUUGACGUCUGCUCUGUGCUUUAGUUACAUUAACUUAUCCUAUAUAGCGGCAGCAAACGAUCCCGUUAUGUAUCGCAUCCUACCAGCGAGCACACAAAUUGACAGUUUCAAUCAAUAUGAGCAACUCUCCUAUAGCCAUAACAUCUCUCAAAUUAUAAUAGCUGAUGACUUCACUACUGACGACUUAGAUCCACCAGCGAUUGUUGUGCUUGUCGAUUACUUUGCUCCAAACAUAGCUACACCGAUUUGUAUGGAGUUCUCGAGGUCUUGUUUGAAUAGAGAAAAUGGAAUGGAAGACCCUGCUGAAAUACUGGCUAAUAAGAGGGGAGUCGCUUUCUCAUCGAACGGCUGUUUCGCUGUUGUCGGCCAAAGCGAGCUGAUCUUUAUAGAUAAAUAUAAGCAGUGGCUCGAAAUGCAUAUUCUAAGUUAUAAAUAUCUAUUAUAAUUAAACAAAUGUGCAGAUGUAUACACAUUUUUUAAUAAAAUGGAUAUUGGAGCGAAGUAUGCAUAAAUGAA